AUGAAAAUCAUCGAGGACAGCAAUGAUAGUUUUAAACACCAUUCAAUCACUUCAAGUCCUAACCGCCGUGGCAAGUCACCGAGCGAUCACAAGUUUUACAAUCGGUCACCAUUCAAUUACUUUAAGACAAGAUCCAGAUUGCUGUAUCCAUCGUCCAGCCGCAGUGAAAGAAAGUACAACAGCCGCUUGAGGUCAAAUUCGUAUUCGGGUGACCGUCAUCGCAGUUAUCGCAGCCACUCACAAGAUAGCUCCACGAAAAGCAGUAGACAUGACGGAAGGUCUAGAAGUCUGAAUAUAUUUGGCCUAAAUUAUAGAACUAAAACACAUCAGUUAUUCAACGUAUUCAAAAAAUACGGUUCCAUCGACAGAAUCAAUGUUGUUGUUGAUGAGACUGGAAAGUCCCGAGGUUUUGGUUUUGCUGUUUUCAAAUCUUACAAAGAUUCAGAGGAAGCUUUAAAAAAAUGCUCAGGCAUGGAAAUUGAUGGCAAAAAAAUUCUAGUAGAGUUUUCAACUUUGCGACGUUCUCCAACACCUAUACCUGGCAUUUCUAUGGACGAUUUAGACAUUACUGCAACUUGGAGAAGAGCUUAUGAAGAAAGAUAUCAUAAAGAUAGAAAGAACUACCGCAGAAAUCGCAAUUCAUCUACAUACAAAAAAAAGUCACAUAAAGACAGGUCACGUUCACAUUCUUGGCCACUACAUUGGGCGUAAUAAAACAUCAAUGAGCUGGAAUGUCAUCAACACGUCAUGAAUAUUUUGUGAAGACAUUUAAUAUA